UCGCUCCUUCCUUUCCACCACCACCCCCUCCCUCCCUCCUCAGACGUAAUUGUGCAUUUGGAUAGUUAUAUAUACUUUCAUUAAAGGAAUAAGCAGCUUCUAUAGUGCAAGAUACUUUGAGAGAUUUCCUACACGCAUGCCCUUAAAGAGACUUUCCAUCAGUGCAUGAUCUCUUGCAGUGAUUCCGCUUCUUUCUUUUUUCUACAUGGAAAAUGGUCCACUCAGACAUUCAUUUACUGCGCACGGGCGAUAUAAAUGCAUAUGAUCAUUGCUCCCUUGUCUCACAAGCUAGAGACCCCAAACACACGUCAUAGAGAAUGACCAUGGAAGGUUUGCUCCAGUGCGCUGCGAAUUACGUUCCCUUGACUCCCACAAGCUUCUUGGAGAGAGCAGCUUUCGUCCAUGGCAACAAGACCUCCAUUAUCUACCGCGACACGAGGUACACCUGGAGACAAACCCACGAAAGGUGUUCGAAGCUCGCCUCCGCUUUAGUGAUGCUGAAGAUCUCGCGCGGCGAUAUCGUUGUAGCUAUGGCACCAAAUGUCCCUGCACUGUACGAGCUCCACUUCGCUGUUCCAAUGGCAGGUGCGACUCUUUCCGCGCUCAACAUAAGACUUGACGAGCACGCUUUAACCAUCAUUCUUCACCAGUUACGACCCAAAAUCAUCUUCGUUGACUCCGAGUUUGUACAACUCGUCUCCAAAGUCAUCAACAACAAGAACAACAUGCAAAUCCAAGAAAACCACCAUGAUCACAAGCCACUGCUCAUCGCAAUCUAUGACGACUCACCAUACCAUCGAGCCCAAUGUGAUCUUGAGGUUCAAGAGUAUGAACAAACCCUAGCUACGGGAGACAACAAUUUCCAAGCCGUGAAUCCGACUGAUGAGUGUGACCCCAUCUCAGUCAACUUCACUUCGGGGUCGACGGGGACACCCAAGGCAGUGGCAUACAGCCACCGGGCAGCGUACUUGAACUCUCUAGGGCUGAUCCUCCGGUACGAGAUGGGGAAGUCGUCGGUGUUCCUGUGGACGGUGGACAUGUUCAGGUGCAAUGGGUGGUGCUUCGCGUGGGCGAUGGCGGCUCUCGGCGGCGUCAAUGUAUGUAUUAGGAACAUGUCUACGAAGAUCAUCUUCGACUCCAUUCAGCUCCACAAGGUCACUCAUCUCUGUGGUAAACCCACUAUCCUAAAUUUGAUCGCUGAGUCCCCAUCAGUCGACCAAAAGCCACUGCCUUCCAGGGUGGAUGUAAUCAUCGCCGGUGCAUUCCCGACGACCGACGUCAUCAAGAGAGUCCAAGAACUUGGGUUCAACAUUAUCUAUGGAUAUGGCAUGACGGAAGCCCUAGGGCCUGCCCACAUCAGACCCUGGAGGUCAUCACAACACCACCACCAUGACGACGACGACGACCACCACGAAGAUUAUAACCUGAAAUGUAGAGAAGGCCUCCACAACAUCACACUGGAAGCUGCUGAUGUCAAGGACCCGACCACCAUGCGGAGCGUUCCAAGAGACGGGAAAACAAUGGGAGAAGUCAUGCUCCGAGGGAACACCCUCAUGGCAGGCUACUUGGGCGACCCGGAGGCGACGCAGGAAGCCUUCUCUAGUGGGUGGUUCAAGACCGGGGAUGUCGGGGUGCGGCACGCAGAUGGUUGCGUAGAGAUGAAGGACCGAGCGAGGGACGUCAUAUUCUUCGGAAAGGAGGUGAUCAGCACAUUGGACAUAGAAGCCGUCUUGUUGAGCCACCCGAAAGUUGCGGAAGCCGCCGUGGUUGCUCAAUAUACCGUCGUAGCAGGGCAAGUCCCAUGCGCAUUCGUGAAGUUGAAGGAAGGUAGGUGUUCCAAAGCUGAGGAGAUUGUAGAGUUUUGCGCGGAGCGGCUGCAAAACGCGGCGAUGGUUCCGAAAACGGUGUCUUUCGGGGACUUGCCAAUGAAUUCCACAGGGAAGGUGCAGAAGUCUGUGCUAAGAGAGAGAGCCAAUGCAAUUGGGCAGCUUUGUCCAUAGAACGAGCACGCCUUCAUAAGAACCAUAACAUCAGGGGAAUCGCUUGCAAAAGGUAAAUUUGGUGAUCAGAAUUGAACUACUUGUGUAUGUCUGUGUUAUUUGUCCUGUAAUUCCAUUCUUCGGAUUGUCAUUAAUUUCUCUAACUUUGAUGUAAGAAUAGCUUUUGGUUUCUAUCUUUUUUUAGUCAAA